CCAAUAUUGUUGUAGUUUUCAUGUUGUGGUGGUGUUACAACAAACAACAAACUUUGUUAUUAAUAGGACAUGCUACAAGUCGAUUUGGUGACCAAGCUUGGAACUUUGUAGUUCCACUUGUUCUUGUUGUUGUUUCAAAAGGAGCACUUUGGGUUGCUUCGUUCUAUGCAAUUUGUGGUAGGCUCAUCACGUUGGCUUUCGGUUCAAGACUGGGUGUCUACAUAGACUCUCACGAAAGAAUCCAAGUUAUUCGAAUUGGCGCAUUGACUUCUGUUUGUUCUGUUACACUGCUUACUAGCCUGUUCUCAUUGUUCUUGAAGAAUAUCGGUGUCUCUGCUUGUUUUCAAGGUAAUUUAAUGGACUGGUUAUUUCAGCAACACUGUUCUUGGGAAGCCAAGAGCUUAUUUAUCUUGCUAUCGAUCGUUGGAAGUGGUGAGGUUAUUGGCGCCUUUCUUACCAGGGUUUCUGUGGAGCGUGAUUGGAUAAUAGAAAUAGUUGAUUCGGAGAACCUGGCAAAUUUCAAUGCCCUUUUGAGAAGAAUCGACCUCCUGUCUGAAAUAUCAGCACCUAUACUUGUUGGCUGGUUUGUAACCACGAGUAAUAUUUCCUCAGCUAUUUACUCUAUUCUAUGCGUUGGUGGUUUCAACGUUAUUAGUUUUCUCAUGGAAUAUGGAAUGUUGCGGUGGAUUAAUUCUCUUGAUAACUGGUAUACCAGCUCAGUAACCACUCAAGAAAUGUCUGUCGAAGGCGUUGUAGAUAAUGAACAACAACAAAGCGAUCUCGAUGACCGAGUAGCAUCCAGCUUUUCAAUAUUCAUUCGACAUCCGUUGAAUUUAGUUUUGUUAGCUUAUGGUUGUUUAUGGUUUAAUGCGACAUCACCUCAUGGCAUUUUAUUAACUUCUUAUUUAGCUGAAGAACAAGUCUCUCAUUAUGUACUGGGUAUUUUUCGUGCUAGUGGUGCCAUUUUUGGAUUCCUUGGAACACUUGUCUUUCCUUGGUUAGAGAAAAUCUGGGGACUACAAAUGACUUGUCUGGUAUCUAUCCUUUUGGAAACCAUCACGUUGAUAUCUUCUUGUAUCUUUAUUUGGUCGAGUGUAGUUGGAUGGAGUUUGUUUGUUUCUUUGGCCUUGAUUGUCCUAUCUAGGGUUGGCUUAUAUAGCUACGAAUUGGGAGAAUCUCUCUAUUUACAAAGAUACACCGAUACAACUGAAAGGGGCAGAAUGGGAGCAGCAGAAGGAGUACUUACCAAUGCAGCAUACUUGGGACUAAUUGCAGCAGGACUCGUACUAAAUGCACCUCAACAAUUUCUCUAUCUAUGGAUAGCUUCUGCUACGUUUGCUGCAUUAGGAAGUCUUUUAUUUAUCAUUUGGUGUACUUUGUUUGUUGAAGACAAUCAUUAUCAUGGGGAUCCUUCGGCAAUGAAACAUUCACAUACUCCUUAUCAACAACAACAACUAGAUGAAGAGGGUCAUGGAUGGCAUAUACAUCUGCAUAAAAGAUAAAAAGUUAUCAAGAAUGGGAUUUUUUGGGUUUGUCUGAUAGCCGAGGUUUGAUUCCUCUUUUUGCUGCAAACAGUAAAGAUGAGUAACGACUUGUCUUGAGGUAGGAUAGAGCCGCCAUUGCUUCUCUUUCUGCUUUGGAAAGAUUGAGUAAAGUGUUAUUCUCUUUU